AUGAUCUGUGGACAAAGCUGGGAAAACCCAUUUUGUGAUAAUAUUCUUUUUCUUAUUGGUGGACCUGAAACUUCUCAAUUUAAUAGUAGUCGUUUAAUGGUUUAUAUGGCACACGAACCCGCAGGAACUUCAACAAAAAAUAUUAUCCACUGGUCACAAAUGCAACAAUCUGGUUUUGUUCAAAAAUUUAAUUAUGGAACGGCAAAAGCUAAUUAUUUACAUUAUGGACAAAAUACCCCACCAAUCUACAAUUUAACUAAAAUAUCGAAUGUCCCAAUUUAUUUAUAUUAUAGUGAUUCUGAUUGGUUAGCUACUAAAAAGGAUGUUGAGGAAACAAUUCUUCAACAAAUUCCAUCAAAAUAUAUUAAAAUUGCAAAGAAUUUACCCAAUUUUAAUCAUUUUGAUUUUAUUUGGGGUAUUAAUGCACAUAAAAUAAUUUAUGAUGAAAUUAUAAAAGAAGCCUUAAAGGACUAA